AUGGCAAAAAAACAUAACUCGGCAGAUUUGCAUAAAACAUCAUUAGCCAAUCAUCAAGGUUAUAUAUCAUCAAAAAGUAUAGGAGCUGUUACGACUCAAAUGAAUAGUCAUGUCGAAGAGAAUAUAAAUAAAAAUCGAGAAAUAUUAAAAAGUGUAAUUCGUUCAGUUUUGUAUUGCGCACGACAGGAUAUAGGUUUACCUGGUCACAAUAAUGUAAUCGAAUAUUCAAAUGAAGACGAACACGGUGUAGAAACUACAAAAAAUCAAGGUAAUUUUAAAGAACUAUUAGAUUUACUAUGUUCGGAAAAUGAAAAGUUUAAUACAAAUUUAAAGUCUCUACCUAAAAAUGCUAAAUAUACUUCAAAUAAAAUCCAAAAUGAUAUUUUAUUUGCGUCUUCAAAUGUAAUUUUACAAACUAUUAUUAGAGAAGUGAAUGAAGGUAGUUCGGUUUAUAGUUUAAUUGUUGAUGAAGCUCGUGAUGCGUCAACAUUUGAACAAAUGUCAAUAUAUAUUAGAUAUGUACAUUUUGGUUUAGAUAUUACAAAAUGUAUAAGUCAAUCCUACGACGGUGCAUCAGUAAUGUCUGGUUCUACCAAUGGCGUACAAGUAAAAAUUAGAGAACUUUCUAAAAACAAAUGCCCUUAUAUACAUUGUUAUGCACAUCGGCUUAAUCUAGUUUUGGUCGAUGUUGCUAAAUCAGUUGAGAUUGUUGACAAUACGAUUGGAUUGCUUGAAGCAAUUUAUGCAUUUCAAUAG